AUGCUCGCUGGUCGUAGUGCGGCCGUAAAAGACGUAUUUCACGUUGCCCUGGACCACGCAAAAGCGGAGUCCCUAAUUGCCGACCAAGCAGCAAAGCUUUUAUUUUAUGUAGCCCAAAAACAGUUUCAAUAUCUGAGGAAACUUAAAACCAACGCAUUGUUAUCAUCAUCGACUGUAUCUACGAGUCUGGAUCGUGAAGAAGCCGAAGAGGUUGAAUUUCAGGUGGAAAACAAAUCCAGCGUAGUAGACAUUUCAAGCGGUUCCGCAGGUAGUACUGAGGAUCGAUUAAGCGUCUGUCACCGAUUCAUCAGUUGGUCAAUAUUUGCGGGUAUCUGGUUGGGUUUUAUUGCUUCUAUAAUUUUAACCUUCGUUGGCAUCUGGACGCCAUAUCGCAACUGCCUCACCAUUGGAGUCAUCCUGGCCAUUGUCUGCCUUGGAGUGGCAGUUCACAACUGCCUGAGACAUGGAGAUACUGCACCGGCGGUUCUAUUAUAUGAACGGAGGAACAGCCAACUUUCCUUGAGCUGUGAACUUGAGGUUGCGGUGGAGGCAGAAGAAAUUCCUGAAGGAGAUGGAGAAGGUGAAGUGUGUUCAAGAUCUGUCUCAUUAAAUGAAAAUCGUUCCAUGCUAAAUGAGGAUGAAAACGGGGUCCCAGUAUGUACUGGCGACCAAUGUCACCCUCACAAUGAUGUUGAGGCUGCGCGAAUACACAUCCACCCACGAAAGGUCCGUCGUGAUUCUGCCUUCCACAGUCUCACUAGAGCUAUCAUUAGUACACUGACACGUGCAGGUCGUGGUGGCGGUGCUGGUAGCGGUGGUGGAGGAGUUGGCGGAGGCGGAGGUUUCUAUCCAGAUCCUCGUAAUCCUUGGAAUUCGAACUUUGAAGGGCACAUUGGAUGGCAAUCUGCCAUGGCUAGACCUGAUCCCUUCUAUUCAAAUUCCUACUACCAAUAA